AUGUCCAUGUUUAUGACACAACCCGCCUACGCCUACGCGGCAGCUCCUCCGCCUCCCAGACAAUACUCGGGAACAAGCAGUGCUUUCAGUGCUUCUGCGAACCCCGAUGAGGACUGGACCAAGAUCUCUGACCUUGCUGAGCGCCGAAGAAUACAGAACCGCAUUGCUCAGCGUAACUACCGCAAGAAGCUUAAGCGCCGUCUCGAAGACCUCGAGCGCCGUGCUGGUUCUUCUGACGAUGCCGAGUCCGACAAGCAGCCACAGAAGCCUACCAAGUCGAAGCGAUCCCCCUCCGCACCCAAGUCUCAAAAAUCGCAAUCCGGAGCUCCCAGCAAGCCUGUUGUCUCACAGGGCCAGUUCACUCCUCCCAUGGAGCCUACUGACGAGCUAUUCUUCCCCGGCACCUACGAUGACCGAGCUCGUUCAGACAGCCCUCCUCAGUUCACAUACUCAACAUACCCUGCUCCCGAUGAGAUCCUCCUCGCACCCUACGGUUCCGCUCAGUCAUACCCAGCCAUCACAACCGCUGAUGCCUACCCCAACUACAUGACGGCGUCUACAGUGCCCAUGACACUUCCUUCCAUGACGCACUUUAGCGAUGCCAUCAAGCGGGAGACGUACCCUAGUGACGACGGACUCACUCCUUACAUGACCUACGGUUACAUGCCUCCCAUGGACUUCAACUCUGGUAGCGCAUACGAACAGUCCAACCCUCAUACUCCUCCGCUGUCGCAUUCUUUCGACCACUCUGCCAACUGCUCAGAGGCUGGGUUCGACUACCCUAAUACGCCUCUGUCAAUGCCUGGUUCGCCUGACCUGAUCCAGCACCAAUAGAGCAGCUGGCAUGAACGCGAGAAAGAAAUAUAGCGAUAUUUGAGAUUUUGGGUUAGGCGUUGGAAAUGAGCCCUACGAGGCAUAGCAUGGCGGGUUUUGAUAUUUUGGACACUUUCACACUCCACACUUUUCACUUCUUUUGGUACCGGCAAAGGUAUCCAUGUCACAGACGAGAGGAUGUUUGCUCGUCUGCAUUCGUUUUAUGUACACAGGGUCGAAGCGCUCGACCAUGUGGUUUCUGUAACGGCUGCAAGAUGCACGGACGAAUUGCUUAUUUGGAACGGCGAAGGAAAAGAAGACAAGUGAGGCGUUUUAGGAAUGCAUACGGCAUACGCUUGUAUGCAUCCGAAUGUAUAUUGGAGACAUUGAACUGGAUUGGACUGGUAAAGGUUGAAAGCAGGCAAGGAGGCAAACAAACAACAAAGAUGGCGGCUGCGGGGUCGAGAGACCUUGCUUUGGCCACUUACACUCUUGUUAGUGUUGGUU